AUUGAGCUGUAAGGCGCUGCCGGUCCCGCGGUCCCACGGCGCCAGGUCGCCCCCAGCCCCCUCCCUCCUCCCGCCCUGUCUGUGUCCCACCCUCCUAGCUUUGUGCCCAGGGUGCCGAGCCGUUUCCCUGUCAGCUGCGCCGGGGGAGGAGGGAGUCGCCACCGAGGCGCUGCCGCUUGCUGCCCCGGGUAGGGGCACAGCUCUUAGAUGUCCUCUGUUUGUGCCUCCUCCCUGGCCCCAUCCCACCAGCUUGAACCAUUGAGUCCUGAAGGGAUCCAACAGGUAGAGUUAGAGACAGAGAGAAAGGUCUUCCUUCCAUUGGUUCACACCCCAAAUGGCCGCUACCCGGCACUGCGCCGAUCUGAAGUCAGGAGCCAGGUGCUUCCUCCUGGUCUCCCAUGCAGGUGCAGGGUCCAAGCGCUUGGGCCAUCCUCCACUGCCCUCCCAGGCCACAGCAGAGAGCUGGACUGGAAGAGGAGCAACCGGGAGUAGAACCCGGUGCCCAUAUGGGAUGCCAGCGCCGCAGGCGGAGAAUUAACCAAUCACACCCAAGGCCAUGUCUUACUACCUCAACUCAGAAAACCACCUGGACCCAGGUCCCAUCUAUGUGCGAGAAAACGGUCAGCUGCACAUGGUCAGUCUGGCUCUGGACAAUGUCAGGAGCAGCCUGCAGAAGCCGAGGCCCUUCCGCCUGUUUUCCAAAGGCUUUUCUGUGGAGCUUUGCAUGAACAGGGAAGAUGACACUGCACAGAAAGAGAAGACUGAUCAUUUCAUCUUCACGUACACCCGGGAGGGGAAUCUCCGGUAAUUGGCCAAAUCCCUCUUCAACCUCGUCCUCGGCUUCAUCUCUGACAACGUUGAUCACGUUGAUUCCCUCAUCGGCUUUCCUAAGCAGAUUACUGAAAAACUGUUCUCUGCUGAUGAAGCCAGACAGAAAUUCACAGAACCAGGUGCAGGGCUGAGGGCUUUGCAGAAAUUUACUGAGGGCUAUGGAAGUCUGGUGCUUUGCUCCCUGUGUUUGCGGAACAGAUAUCUGGUGAUUUCAGAAAAGCUUGAGGAGAUUAAGUCUUUCUGCGAGCUGACCUGCCUGGAUCUUUCCUGUUGCAAGCUUGGAGAUGACCACGAACUUCUAGAACACCUCACCAAUGAGGCUCUGUCCAGUGUCACUCAACUCCACCUGAAGGAUAAUUGUUUGUCGACAGCUCCUGUUCGAGUCAUGAAAAGAGGCCUUGAAAAUCUAACGUUAUUAGACUUAUCUUGUAACCCUGAGAUCACAGAUGCGGGAAUUGGAUACCUGUUUUCUUUCAGAAAACUAAACUGCUUAGAUAUCUCUGGGACGGGGCUCAAGGAUGUAAAAGCCGUCAAGCACAAGCUGCAGACACACAUAGGCCUUGUUCACUCCAAAGUGCCCUUGAAGGAAUUCGACCACAGUAACUGCAAGACGGAGGGCUGGGCCGAUCAGAUCGUGCGGCAGUGGGAGCGGAAGACGGUGAAAUCUGUCAAGACACCAAUGGCAGCAGAGCCUCGGAAAGCAGCGCAGUACUUCUAUAGCAGCCGGUUUCUCAUGGAGGCCUCACUGAGGUGUCCCCUGGAAGACACCUACAUGCACUCUUCUGGGAAACUCCAGUUCUACAGAGAGAAGACUGCAGACUCUCAGGGGCCGACGCUGAAACACGAGGCUGGCUCAACCCAGGAGGCGAAGAAGAGCAAGAAGAGAGCUUUUGAGGAGUCCGAGAAGGAGCAGAGUAGCUCCUCACAGGCUUCCAAGCAGAAGUGCGUGUGCCUCACCGUGCAGGACUGGGACUUGCUAAACUCCUACUGACUGCAGCUGCAGGCAGACCUGUUUUCCCAAAACUCUAACUUAAGAGAAAGGGGAUUGAUGAUGAUUUACUUUUUGUUUGAAUUUACCUAUAGCAUUAGCAUAGCAAGCAGAUAUUUCUACUUUUGUGGUGGGGAGGGGAAUGCUAUGGAAGUAUGUAAUAAUUUCUAAUGUAUAUUUUCAAUACAUAGUAAUUUUUUCAAAUAAACGUUUUUGCUGUCCUUAAAAAAAA